UCACCGACGCCCGUCUGUGGCACGCCCUUAUAUUGGCGCCUGAGUGAGGGCGCUUGCCUGCGUAGCUGUGUGCUGUGAGUGAGGACACAAAAGGCCGUUGCAAAGCGGGGUAGGUCGCUGAUGUAGGAUUUGUUCUAUAAGAUCAAAUACACGCACUGCUUUGUCAAGGCGCCGCACGGAACCAAAAUUAAACAGAAAGAAAGUCAGAGACUCAUGGACAUCCACGAGUAAAAGGAAGGAAAACAAGAAGACGGAGAAAAAAGAGAACAAAAAAAUCAAAGGCACCAUCUACCUGUGCGUAAAACAGGUGGCGUAGGCGGUACCAUCGCCGGGAGGCGAGCCAGCUGGAGAAAGAACCAACAGGUGGCUGAGCACUGCAGGCGUUCAUCAUAUCGCCUCAGAAAAGUGUGGUGUUUCCCCUGUCGCGUGUGCCCACCCGCCGCCAUCGGGGGAAAGGGCAAGGGCAAGGCGAUCCCGCGGAAGACCAUGGAGGAUGACAUGGACGACUUCAGCCUCCACGUGCAGCGCUAUCGGCCGGAGGAACUGGAUAAGCUCGCCAAAACGACCAAAUUCUCCAGGAAGGAAAUCCAACUUAUCUACAGAGGGUUCAAGCAGGAAUGCCCAACGGGACUCAUUGACGAGGAAGGAUUUAAAGGAAUUUUUUCUCAAUUUUUCCCUCUUGGAGAUGCAACACACUACGCCCACUACGUCUUCAACACCUUCAAGAGAAACAACCAAGGCCAGAUAAGCUUCGAAGACUUCCUGGCUUCGCUGUCGACGGUGUCCCGCGGGACGACGCAGGAGAAGCUGCAGUGGAUCUUCGGCCUCUACGACGUGAACAACGACGGCCUCAUCACCAAGACCGAGAUGGUGGACGUCGUCACCGCCAUCUACGAGAUGAUGGGCCGCUCCACCGAGCCGCAGGUGGAGGAGACGUCCGCCAAGGAGCAUGUGGAGAAAAUAUUUCAUCUGAUCGACACGAACCAAGACGGCGCCAUCACCAUCGAGGAGCUGGCCGAAUGGGUGUCCCGCGACGACACCAUCAUUCAGAGCCUCAGCAUGAUGGACACCGUACUCUACACUCGUCGAGAUCGCGGUGCUGACGGCGCCCCUCCGCCCACACGCCCGUCGCUCAGCCAGCCUUGA